AUGCGUCUUCGAAAGUCAACACGAAACUAACGCGUCGAGAUGGCACGUGACUUCAAAUUCAAAUCGCCUUCGUCCUGCUGCGCAGAACCCUCAGUAAAUUGUCCAAGUCCAAAAGACCUCACCUUCACAGCAAGCUCCUACACCCCCCACACACGCCAAAAUGAAGAUCCAGGAAGUACAAAGCACAACGAAGGAGCAAAGAAUUGCAACCCAUUCCCACAUUAAAGGAUUGGGACUGAAAGAGGAUGGGACAGCGGAACCAGUGUCUGCCGGAUUCGUUGGGCAAGAAAAUGCUCGGGAGGCGGCAGGGAUCGUGGUAGACCUUAUCAAAUCGAAAAAGAUGGCGGGGCGUGCGGUGCUGCUCGCGGGAGCACCAGGAACAGGAAAGACGGCGAUGGCGCUCGCACUGUCGCAGGAACUGGGGUCCAAAGUCCCGUUCUGUCCGAUGGUUGGAAGCGAGGUUUACUCGUCGGAGGUGAAGAAGACUGAGGUGCUCAUGGAGAACUUCAGGAGGGCAAUCGGGCUUCGCAUUAAGGAAGUGAAGGAGGUUUACGAAGGGGAGAUAACAGAGCUGACGCCCGAGGAGACGGAAAACCCACUGGGAGGCUAUGGAAAGACGAUUUCCCAUGUCAUCAUUGGGUUAAAGACGGUCAAGGGGACCAAGCAGCUGAAGUUGGACCCGGUCAUCUACGAGAGCAUACAGAAGGAGAAGGUGGCAGUGGGAGACGUCAUCUAUAUCGAGGCGAACAGUGGGGCGGUGAAGCGGGUUGGACGGUCAGAUACCUACGCCACGGAGUUCGAUCUGGAAGCGGAGGAAUACGUGCCUCUGCCGAAGGGUGAAGUGCACAAGAAGAAGGAGAUCAUCCAAGAUGUCACUCUGCAUGAUCUCGACGUUGCAAAUGCCAGGCCGCAGGGUGGACACGACAUUGUCUCAAUGAUGGGGUCGCUGAUGAAGCCGAAGAAGACCGAGAUCACGGACAAGCUUCGUAAGGAGAUCAACAAAGUAGUGAACAAGUACAUUGAGCAGGGCGUCGCGGAACUGGUUCCUGGAGUCUUGUUCGUUGAUGAGGUGCAUAUGUUGGACAUCGAGUGUUUCACUUACCUGAACCGAGCCUUGGAAUCGUCCCUAUCUCCGAUCGUGAUCUUUGCAACAAAUCGUGGGAUGUGUGCUAUUCGCGGAACGGACGACGUCCACGCCCCGCACGGUAUCCCCGUCGACCUCCUCGACCGUCUCCUUAUCAUCCGCACCCUCCCAUACACCCAAGAAGAGAUUGCCAUCAUCCUCAACAUCCGCGCCAAGACCGAGAACAUCACCAUAUCUGAGGAGUCGGUGCAGUACCUUGCUGAUCUGGGGGUUAAGACUUCAUUGCGGUAUGCCAUCCAACUCCUGACGCCAUCGAGUAUCCUUGCGCGUAUUAACGGCCGGGAUUACAUCGAGAAGGAAGAUAUGGAGGAGUCGCAGGGCUUGUUCUUUGACGCAAAGGCGUCGGCGAGGAAUCUGCAGGCGACGCAGGAUCGAUACAUUCACUAAACUGAUAUCGAGGGUAUCCGAGCCGGUUCAACCCUAUUGUAAUUAUAAAUCCCGUGUGGAUCCACAUGGAAGAUGGAAAUAUGUCGAGAGUGAAUAGAAUCUUGGGUGCACUCAUUG